GUUGUUUCCCUGGUGUGAACUGGACUGCGGACUCCGGGGCUUUUGUGGCACUUUUAACUGUAGUAUCGCCGACAUGAAUCGUAUUUUCGGCCGAGGUAAACCCAAAGGGCCGCCCCCGAACCUCACGGACUGCAUAGGAAGUGUUGACUCCAGGGCGGAGUCCAUUGACAAGAAAAUCGCCAGACUAGAUGCUGAACUUGCCAAGUACAAGGAUCAGAUGAAGAAGAUGAGAGAUGGGCCUUCAAAGAACAUGGUGAAGCAAAAGGCCAUGAGGGUGCUGAAGCAGAAGAGAAUGUACGAGGGCCAGAGAGACAAUCUCAUGCAGCAGUCGUUCAACAUGGAACAAGCAAACUACACAAUCCAGAACCUCAAAGACACUAAAACCACAGUUGACGCCAUGAAAGUGGGCCUCAAAGACAUGAAGAAAGCGUACAAGAACGUGAACAUCGAUAAGAUUGAGGAUAUCCAAGACCAGCUGGAGGACAUGAUGGAGGACGCCAAUGAGAUCCAGGAGUCCCUGAGCAGGAGCUACGGCACUCCUGACAUCGAUGAGGACGACUUGGAAGCAGAGCUGGACGCCCUGGGAGACGAGCUCCUGAUGGACGACGACAGCUCCUACCUGGAUGAGGCGGCCACCGCUCCCUCCAUCCCAGAGGGCAUUCCUGCAGACAGGUCCACCAACAGGGAGGGCGUUCUGGUGGACGAGUUCGGCCUCCCCCAGAUUCCUGCUUCUUAAAGGACUUAUUAGAUCAAAUGAUGUGCAAGUUUUACAUGUAUCAUAUUAUUCUUUUCCCCUUGUUUGUGCGUAUUUACCCAACUGACACUCCAGGCCUUUGAACACAGCAAUGAAAAAAUAAAAUAAAAACCAAAGCAUCUUCUGCCCGUCGAAUGAGAGAAUAGAAAGUGGCAACUAAGCUGCUUUAAGUAAAAUUUGUGAUUAUGUUUCUUUAACUGGGCUCAUCUCGGUUUGUCUGAAUGGUUGGAAAUGGGUUUCUCUUAACUUUGUACAGUUUCCGAAUUUAGGAACACAAUAAAUUAUAUUUUUCAAACUGUA